GUUUCGUCCCCCUCCCUUGAAAAUGAAAUGCCUCUCUUCCCUCCUUCUCAUUUUCUCGAGCAGGGGUAUCGGUGAGGACAUACGAAUUAUUCUGUUGAUCGGAGGACGAAGAAGGCGAGAGAAUGAGCGCGAAGGUGCCACCAGUGAGGACACGCGUAGGGAAAUACGAGAUUGGGAAAACCAUUGGUGAGGGUAGCUUUGCUAAGGUCAAGUUUGCCAAGAAUGUCGAGACUGGCGAUUGCGUUGCCAUUAAAAUCCUCGAUCGUGAUCAGGUCCUCCGCCACAAGAUGGUCGAGCAGAUUAAGAGGGAAAUCUCAACCAUGAAGCUGAUUAAACAUCCGAACGUCAUCAAAAUUAUCGAGGUUCUGGCAAGCAAGAGAAAGAUCUACAUUGUUCUUGAAUUUGUGGACGGAGGCGAGCUAUUUGACAAAAUUGCCAAACGUGGGAGAUUGAGAGAAGAUGAAGCCAGGAGAUAUUUCCAGCAGCUUAUAAAUGCUGUGGAUUAUUGCCACAGUAGAGGCGUUUACCAUAGAGAUUUGAAGCCUGAGAACCUUCUUCUUGACUCAUAUGGGGUUCUUAAAGUUUCAGAUUUUGGAUUGAGUGCAUUGUCAAAGCAAGUACGGGAGGAUGGGCUUCUUCAUACUGCCUGUGGAACCCCAAAUUAUGUUGCUCCUGAGGUGCUCACUGAUAAAGGUUAUGAUGGUACGUCUUCUGAUAUUUGGUCUUGUGGGGUCAUUCUCUUUGUACUUAUGGCUGGGUACUUGCCUUUUGAAGAAGCAAAUCUCAUGGCUUUGUAUAGAAAAAUCUGCAGAGCUGAAUUCUCUUGUCCAUCAUGGUUUUCGGCUGGUUCAAAGAAUUUGAUAAAGCGGAUCCUGGACCCAAACCCUCUUACUCGGAUAACUAUUCCUGAAAUAUUGGUAGAUGAAUGGUUCACGAAAGGUUACAAGCCACCACGUUUUGAGCAGGAAGAGGAUGUAAAUCUUGAUGAUGUAGAUGCUGUUUUCAAUGACUCGAAGGAAUAUCUUGUCACGGAAAGGAAAGAAAAACCAGUAGCCAUGAAUGCAUUUGAGCUUAUUUCUAGGUCAAAAGGAUUCAGUCUGGACAAUUUAUUUGAGAAGCAAGAAGGCCUUGUGAAGCGAGAAACACGUUUUACUUCUCAAUGUCCGGCAAAUGAAAUCAUGUCCAGGAUUGAGGAAACUGCGAAGCCUCUGGGCUUUAAUGUGUGCAAGCGCAACUACAAAAUGAAACUGAAAGGCGACAAAACUGGGAGGAAGGGUCAGCUUGCUGUGGCAACCGAGGUGUUUGAGGUGGCUCCCUCCAUACACAUGGUAGAGCUCCGAAAAACAGGUGGUGACACACUGGAGUUCCACAAGUUCUACCAGAGUUUUUCAUCAGGACUAAAAGAUAUUGUCUGGAAAUCAGAAGAAAAACGUGAAGAAUAGAGUGGGCAUGUGAAUCUGAAGAUUGUAUAAUAUAUAAAAGUCGGUUGGCCUAGCUUGAAGUAAGCUCAUGGCGAUGCGAGAAGGAAGAAAUUCAAGCCUUCAUAGUAUGGACAUGGUUACAUUUCCCAUUCUCCCCUUUUGAGUUGACCUAUUUUAGUACCUUCUACAGUUCUUGAGCCGAAUCCAUUGUUUUUUUUUGCCGAGAUUAAGUUCAGGUAACUUAUAGAUUUGGUCCCUGAUUCCCCCUUCCAAUGGGAUAAAUCAUUCUUCUUAUGAAUAAAUAAAGAGAGAGAUUUUGUUUAUCAGGCACAGCAGACAUAAAAAUGGAGGAUGAAUUUGACCCA